GACUAAACUACAGCCAUGCUGUGUGGUCUGAGGAGAGACACCAAGAACAGCAUUGAUGAAGGACCAUACUCAAAGGGGAGCAAGGAGUCCGGGGCAACUGACCAAUCACAUUCGCCCUGCAGGCGCAGCUUCUCAGCAGAGGAGUACAGAGGAGUGACCACGGUGGACCUGAUGAAAAGGGAAGGCAGCAGCCUUGGCCUCACCAUCUCCGGAGGCUCUGAUAAGGAUGGCAAGCCCAGAGUGUCAAACCUACGGCCAGGUGGGCUAGCUGCCAGGAGUGACCAGCUGAAUGUGGGAGACUACAUCAAGUCAGUGAAUGGCAUCAACCUGUCAAAGCUGCGCCACGAUGAGAUCAUCAGCCUGCUGAAGAACAUCGGGGAGCGAGUUGUGCUGGAGGUGGAGUACGAGCUGCCUCCAUUCGUCCAGAACCCUUCGGGAGUCUCGACCAGAACCAUAGAGGUGUGUUUACACAAGGAGGGAAACAGCUUUGGGUUUGUCAUGAGAGGAGGCUUCCACGAGGACUGGCGCAGGUCUCGUCCUCUGGUGGUCACGUACGUCAGGCCCGGAGGUCCCGCUGACAGAGAGGGCACUUUGAAGGCCGGAGACCGAGUAUUGAGCGUAGACGGGAUGCCUUUAAACAGAGAGAAGCACGCUGACGCUUUGACCAUGCUGAUGCAGAGCGGCCAGGAAGCUCUGUUCCUGAUUGAGUAUGACGUCUCUGUCAUGGAGGCAGUGCAGCAAGCCUCGGGCCCUCUGCUGGUGGAGAUAGUGAAAGGUCAUUCCUCCAGCCUCGGGAUCAGCCUCACCACAACAAUAUACAGGAGCAAACAAGUUAUUAUUAUUGACAAGAUAAAGGCAGCCAGCGUGGUGGAAAGGUGUGGAGCGCUGCACGCAGGUGACAUCCUUCUGUCUAUAGAUGGGACCAGUACAGAGCACUGCUCUCUGAUGGAGGCCACGCAGCUGCUUGCCAGCACUUCUGAUGUCGUAAAACUGGAGAUUCUCCCGGCCAGUCAGGGCAGACUUCCUGUCCGGCCGCAGGACACAGUAAAAGUGCAGAAGAGCAACCAUCAUCACUGGGACCAAAGCAGCAACUACUGCCAUCCCCCACAUGCCAGCCACGGCAAGACAUGGAGCAGCCCAAGCCACCCACACAACCAGCAGGACCACUGCAAAUCGCUGGUGAGCGGUGGCUUCUCUCCUUCCUCCACAGCCACCUCAGGCUUCAGCAGCCAGGGUAGCAGCACGCUGCCCUGCCACAUCCCUCCAAACGCUCCCAACAGCCCCCGCAGCUCGACGGGCAAGAAGAGGAACAGGAAGAAGGACCACAAAAGCUCACUAUCUCUGGCGUCCAGUUCUGUCGGGCCAGGGGGGCAGGUUUUUCAUGUGGAAACGAGCGAGGUUGUCCUGAGGGGGGAUCCACUCACAGGUUUUGGGAUCCAGCUGCAGGGAGGUGUCUUUGCCACAGAAACCCUGUCCGCUCCCCCAGUCAUCCGCUUUAUUGAGCCCGACAGCCCAGCUGAGAGGUGUGGGCUGCUGCAGGUUGGGGACCGGCUGUUGUCCAUUAAUGGGGUCCCGACUGAAGAUGGCACUUUGGAGGAAGCCCAUCAGCUGCUCAGAGACUCCGCUCUGGCCAAUAAGGUCACAGUGGAGAUUGAGUUUGAUGUUGCAGAGUCGGUGGUUCCCAGCAGCGGCACCUUCCACGUUAAACUACCCAAGAGGAGAGGAGUGGAGCUGGGCAUCACCAUCAGUGCAAGUAAGAAACCUGGCAAGCCCCUCAUCAUCUCUGACAUCAGAAAAGGAAGCAUAGCACACAGAACAGGCACUCUGGAGCCUGGAGACCGGCUGCUGGCCAUCGACAGUGUGCGUCUGGAGAACUGCACCAUGGAGGACGCCAUGCACGUCCUGCAGCAGGCCGAGGACAUGGUCAAACUCCGAAUCCAGAAAGAUGAGGACAAUAUUGAUGAGUUGGAGAUGUCGGGCUCUAUAAUCUACACAGUUGAGCUGAAGAGAUAUAACGGACCACUGGGCAUCACGAUCUCCGGCACAGAGGAGCCCUUUGACCCCAUUGUAAUUUCUGGCCUCACCAAGAAAGGCCUGGCAGAGAGGACAGGGGCCAUCCAUAUAGGGGACCGAGUCCUGGCCAUCAACGGGGUCAGUCUGAAAGGAAAGCCACUGAGCGAGGCCAUCCUUCUCCUGCAGAUGGCUGGGGAGUCCGUCACCCUCAAAAUCAAAAAACAAGCAGACCAAUCUGAUGGCCGGCUGGACAGAGAGACAGCUGGGUUUUUAAGUGACACAGAGGAUGACCUGACAGACUCCCAGAAGACCAGUAAACACUCAGAGGUCUACUCCGCCACUCUGCCCAGUUUAGACUCUGCAAUGAGCUCCUGGGAUAGCUCAGGGUUUGACGCAGGCUACGGUAGCCAAGGGACAUAUCUUCACAAAGCAUCCGAUAUAUUGCUCAAUCCAAAUGAGUGGCGACGCACAAAGCAUAGGAGCCAUACCAGCUCCAGCUCUGCAGGCCUCGUCCACCACUCAGCGCUGUAUGAUGGGAGAUUCACUGAGGAUGAGUGGGAUAAUAUACCUGGAUUCGUCAGCCCCCCUCGUUGCCAUGGCACCCUGAACCAAGCAGACAGCUUCUGGUCCCAGGCUCUGCAGGACCUCGAGACCUGCGGCCAGUCAGAGAUUCUCAGGGAGCUGGAGGCAUCCAUGACAGGUAGCGCUCUCAGUUUGUACCUAGAGGAAACCAAGACCAGCAACGACUCAAUGUUUCGGUCUGAAAUGAGUCCCAUUAGGAGGGAAGGAAUGCACGGCGAGUCUAAGAACAAAAGCAACCUGAACAUGCUGACUGGAGCCAGAGAUGUACCAUCCCGGGGCAGAGGGGACCCCUCUGAUAUGUUGUCCACUACCACGCUAGCACUGCACAAGGUGACUAUGAGGAAAGACCUCGAGAGCCAUGACUUUGGUUUCAGUGUAUCGGACGGGCUCCUGGAGAAAGGGGUUUAUGUCAACAUGAUCCGCCCCGAUGGCCCUGCUGACCAGGCAGGGUUAAAACCUUUUGACCGCAUUCUUCAGGUGAACCGUGCCAGGACCAGAGACUUGGACUGCUGUCUAACUGUACCUCUAAUUAUAGAGGCAGGAGCCGCCCUGGACUUGGUCAUUAGCAGGAAUCCACUGGCAGCAGCAGACCCCGGGCUGCCAGACGACUGUGACGACUCCUCAAACUCACUGUUCUGCUUUCCCGAGCAGCCCAGGACCAACAGCAUCGCCCUGUGACCUCAAAGAUAGACGCUAGCUUUUUGAAACACUGGGACCACACACACACACACACACACACACACACACACACACGGUGUGCACUGUAACAUUUGUCACAUGGUACCUCCUGAGACAGACGCAGAAACGGUCACUCUCACUGCCUGAAAGCAUCCCUCUCACAAAGUUACAAGUGCAUGUGUUCUCUACUGCCGGUUUUAGUCACUGUGUUCACAUGAUUCAGUUCAGAGGAGGCGCUGGCUUCAGGGCUGCCCUCCACCCCAGCUCUUUCCUCUCCAGAGGCAAAGCCACAUGCAGGGUUAUAUAACGGGAGGAGUCAUAGCUUCUGACUGAGCCAGGAUGUUAACAUACCGCCUCUGGAGAGAGUCGAAUGCUGUACACACACACACACACACACACACACA